UUCUUCUUGAAUAAAACGAUAAACAUGCUUUCUAUUUUGAACUUAACCACCGUUUAAGCUAAACGGGCUUAAUACAAACGGCCCCUGUUUGUCAGUAAUCAUGUUUUUCUCAAUACAUCAUAAUCCUCCUUUUUCAAUCUUUGCGUAAACUCUACGAAUAGGACACUAGUCUCUGAUGCCGGGGGCCUUUUUUUUAACGUGCGUUAACACCACUGGAUCGAACAAAACUGGCCACAAUUUUAAAUCUCUGAUAUACCACUUUACCUCGACCACAAGUGUCAAAUCAUUGAUAUAAGUUUAUUUAAAACAGCAUUUGCAUCCUGUUAACAGCAUUGUUAGCAAUAGUUAUUAAACCAUCAAUACCGUUGCAACAACAUUGAAGGUUUAACAACAUUGUUAACAAUACUAACAGUACUGUUAGUGUCUGUCGGACAAAUACGGGAUCUAAAUGAUUAAUUCCUCGAGUUUUCUUUGCUGUUAUUCCGUCGAGUUUUCUGAUAUAAUAUGCUACGGUUAAAACCAUGAACUUUGACAAACAACUUUGACUUUGUUUAUUUUUUACCAGUAACCCACCUGUCUUGUGACUGCGACUGCAAGGCUUGUGUUAAUAUCUUUUUUAGAAAAUAUAACUCAACAAUGUUCUAAAUUGACAUAUUCAAAAACAACGAACAAGCAUGACUCAAAUAUUCUCUUUAAUUUGGCUAAUUUUGUUGGUGGCAUUUUCAGAGGCAGUCCAGUACACAAUUAUUGUCGAAACUGGCACGUCACCUGGAGCGGGCACAGACUGUACAGUUGAAAUCACACUCUAUGGAUUAUUAAGAAUGACGGGAAACCAUGCAGCUACCAGCCAAUUGAAAUUGGAAAAGAGUCAAAAUCAUAGAAACAAAUUCGAAAAGGGAAAAACUGAUACUUUCAUCGGUCUUCAAGAUCCCAAAGACUUGAUUAAUAUUAACAAAAUUGAAGUUAGAACGUCAGGGUUCUCACUUGGACCAGAGUGGCAGUUGAAAAAGGUUACAAUUAUGACUGGAAAAGGAGAAAAAUACGAGUUUGCUAUUAAUAAUUGGUUGAAGAAAACGGAUGCAAGCUAUCUCUUUUUUUCAGCCCCUAGUAAAAACAUUCAACCAGUGGCACCUGUCACCAUAUGGAAAGUGACAUACACUGUUAAAGUGAAAACUGGUGUUAUGAAGUACGCCGACACAAAUUCUAAAGUGUAUAUCAAGAUAUAUGGUCUGUCGAGGAAAACGAAACAGCCUAAGGCUAUCACUCCAACACAACUCACAGGAGCAGUUGCUGGUGAUGUUAUUUCACGCGCAUCGGUAAACACAUUCACUAUUGAAGAUGAAGAGGACCUGACAACCCUGAGUAAGAUCGGAGUUGUGAGAGAUAGCAGAGGAGAUGAUUGGUAUUUAGAAGACAUUUCUGUCACUACCCAAAAUGGGGAAGAAUUUGUAUUUCCAGCCAAUAGAUGGAUCACAAACGUAAAUCAAUAUUUCAUGUUUGACGUGACAACCUACACCCAGUAUACAGUUAUUGUCGAGACUGGUACGUCAGCUGGAGCGGGCACAGACUGUAACGUUGAGAUCACGCUCUAUGGAAUGUUAAGAAAGACAGGAUUAAAUGCUGCUACCAACCGAUUGAAAUUAGAAAAGAGUGAAAAUCAUGCGAACAAGUUCGAAAUGGGAAAAACUGACACUUUCAAAAAUCUUCAAGAUCCCAAAGACUUAAUUAAUAUUAACAAAAUUGAAGUUAGAACGUCAGGGUUCUCACUUGGACCAGAGUGGCAGUUAAAAAAGGUUACAGUUAUGACUGGAAAAGGAGAAAAAUAUGAAUUUAUUGGUGAUUUUUGGUUGAAGACGGACAUGAACUAUCUCAUUUUUUCUGUUCCGAGUACAAACGUUCUCCCACUGGCGCCUGUCACUGUACCAAAAGCGAAGUACACUGUGAUAGUGAGAACUGGCAAUAUGCAGCGUGCGGGAACAAAUUCUAAAGUGUAUAUCAAGAUGUAUGGUUUGUCGAAGGAAACGAAACAACCUAAGUCUAUCACUCCAACACAACUAACUGGAGCAGUUGUUGGUGAUGCUUUCUUACGAGGAUCAGUGAACACAUUCACCAUUGAAGAUGAAGAGGACCUGACAACCCUCAGUGAAAUCGAAGUUUUGAGAGAUAACACAGGGAAUGAUUGGUAUUUAGAAGAAAUAACGGUCAUUACUCAAAAUGGAGAGAGAUAUGUAUUUUCCGCCAAGUCAUGGAUCAACGUCGUAAAUCAAUACUUCUUGUUCAAAGUCAUCACUUACACUCAGUACACAGUUGUUGUCGAGACUGGUACGUCACUUGGAGCGGGCACAGACUGUAACGUUGAUAUCACGCUCUAUGGAAUGUUAAGAAAGUCAGGAUUGCGUGCUGCUACCAACCGAUUAAAAUUGGAAAAAAGUGAAAAUCAUGUGAACAAGUUCGAAAUGGGAAAAACUGAUACUUUCAAGAAUCUUCGAGCAACAAACGACCUGAUUAAUAUAGACCAAAUUGAAAUUACAAUGUCAGGAUUCUCAUUUGGAGUACCGUGGCUGUUAAAGAGAAUUACAAUUGUGGCAGGAAGAGGAGAAAAAUAUGAAUUUAUUGGUAAUUUUUGGUUGAAGAAAACGGGCGUAAGCUAUUCUAUUACUUCAAGACCAAGUACAUACAUUCGUCCAGUGGAAACUGUCACUAUAACGAAAGUGAAGUACACUGUUAUAGUUAAAACUGGUGAUGUGAAAUAUGCGGAGACAAAUUCCAAAGUGUAUAUCAAGAUAUUUGGUUUGUCGAGGAAAACGAAACAACCUAAGGCUAUUACUCCAACACAACUCACUGGAGCAGUGGCUGGUGACGUCAUUUCACGCGCAUCAAUAAACCAAUUCACCAUCGAAGAUGAAGAGGACCUGACUACGCUGAGUAGAAUUGCAGUUAUAAGGGAAAAAGGGAAUGAUUGGUAUUUAGAAGAGAUCACCGUCGUCACUUAUGACGGAGAGAAAUAUGUAUUCCCUGCCAAGAAAUGGAUCAACCACAGGAAUGAAUAUUUCGUCUUUAAAGUGACAAUCGCACCAAGUCCUGCUCCCACGGCACCGCCAACACCUCAGCCCCCGAGUCCUACCCCCGCCAAGACAGGUGUUGAAUACAGUAUCAUUGCGUACACCGAUUCUGUGGCUAAGGCAGGUACAAGAGCCAAGGUUUACAUGACGUUCGUAGGAGCGCUAGCUACAAGUUCCGAGAUUCAUCUUAAAAGCUCAACUUUGGAAACUCGUGUUCAAAGGAGGGGUUCCAAAAUUUUCCAAGUAAAGAUACCAGAUGUUGGACCAAUAAGAAUAAUCAGGGUUCGUCAGGAUGUUUCUUCUGCCUCUCCAAACUGGAACAUUAACAAGGUUUUGGUCAUUCAUGAACAUCUGACAGUUUACGAGUUCAUCCUGGGUUCAUGGUUAGCAGUUACCGCUCUUGAAAGAAGCCUCACUGACUCAUAUCCUGCGACAUCAAUGAAGUUCAAAGGAUAUUCUCCGUGCGUUCAGCCAACUGAAUCAAAGUUGCACCCGAAUCUCGGAUCAAAUGUCGUCCUAUUACAACCUUGUAGUAGGCUACAAAACCUCUUCAAACUUCAACCGGAUGGAGUCAUACAGCACCUCACGAGUGGCAUGUGUAUUCAAGGCAUGAAGAAUGGUGACCCACUCAAUACUGCGACAGGCGAUCGCGUUACGUUGAAUAAUCCUUGUACAUUAUAUCGUCCUGGCUAUAAUACGCCCCAUGCGUUGCAGUUUAAGUUUACCAGCGGUGGCUCGUUGAUGGAAGUGAAAAGUGGAAAGUGUAUUUCAAUUACAAAAGGACAGGAAAAUGUGCCUUUGACUUUCACUUCGACCUGCGAUACAGCUGACACGAUAAUUGAUUUCAUAGAUAAAACGAACAAAGUGAUAAAACCCGAGAGCACUGGUAAAUCGCCGACAGGAAAAUCCCCUUCUAGAGCUCCACCAGCGACCCCAGGUGCGCCAUCAAGCCCUGGUGCACCAUCAACCCCAGCUCCACCAGCGACCCCAGGCACCUCUUCCACCCAAACACCUAAUACCCAAACUGUUCCCGGAGGAACCAUGCCCAAUAAUUAUGGCUCACCAGUUUAUUGUCAAUCCACUUGUGGACAGCCGUCUUGUGCAUCCACCUGUCAACCUGCCUGUUGUAACAGCCCGCAACAAACCGGCAUUGUGCCCGCAGGUUUCCCGCCAAUCGUACGAUGCCCCUCUUACUGCUCCCCGGGGCAAUGUCGUUCCGUUUGCCCUGUUGGGUGCUGUUUUCCAAACUGGGACUCUCAACACUUUGCUGACGAAGACAACACGAUAGAAAUCAUUGAUAGGCAGAGAUAAACAAUGAGUUACUUAAAAAACAACUGAAUUUUUUGUCUCAGGCUAUAGACUGACUUAAAAAUUAUGAAUAAAGCACAUCCCAAGUGGAAUAAAACAAAUUUUUU